AUGUCUGGAGCUCUCAAAAAAUUCGGCGACAGAGUCAUCAAUGACCCGAAACAAGUGGCAAAGCUUUUCAAAGAAGCAACUCCGGGUAGUCGGCUUCUACCAUCACGAACUCCUAAGAAUGAUGCAGAAUAUCAAUGUCGUAUUGACGUGGGCGAAGAAAUCAAAGACAAGCCAGGUCACUACAACGUCUACCUUCAAGUCAAUAGCCAGGCACAGAGCGAGGGCCUCAAAGGCUGGCUAAAGAAGAACCCUCACGGAAAUCUUGCAACGGGACAAAUCAAUCGGAAAGCUACAGACAAAGAACGACCAGAAGAAGGCAAGCGUGUCAUGUCGGAAUUGAUUGAGCAAGCGAAAAAAAAUCUUUGA